AGAGCUUGGAAGAUGCAAAAGAUCCAUAUACUUUUAGUGAUCCAAAGAGUGUAAACAAAAUCAGAAAAUGAAAACCGCAGUGUUUCUCCUCGGCUUCUUAGCUGUAUUCGCAGCAGCCUAUCAGGAUCAUAAAAUCGAUGCAUUGGUAAAAUACACAAAAUUGCGAGGUCUUAAUAGAGGAGCCCUCGAAGAUCAAGUAUUUGCUCUCGUCGAUUGUCUUCGCAAAAUCUUACGCGAAGGUGGAGAACUCACCGGAGGAAAAAUUUUGGAUCCUUUGGAUUCCGAGCAUGUGGAUGUUAAUGUCACAAUCCCAGAACAACUUAGUGUUGAAGGCGCCCUUGACAACCUACAUGUAGAUGGACUUUCAAGCUUCAAUCUCACAAGCUUGAAAAUUAACAUUAUUUUAAUGAAAGUAGAUUACAGUCUCACCAUCGAUCACAUUAAAGCUAAAGGUUUGUACGACCUCAUUGCAAACUUGGUUGCAGCUGACCCAUUAUUCGGAAAAGGACCUUUCGAUAUUCAAUUAAACCAAAUCACAGCAUCCGGACAUAUCAAAUUGCGUUUGAAAAAUCUUACAUACGUUGAAUUAGCAGAAUUAAAACUUUUGCUCACUGUUGGAGAUAUGAAGUUCGCUAUCGAUGGAAUAAUGAACGACCCAGAACUCACAAGUGAAAUCAACGCUUUCUUAAACGAAACUUUACCAGAAUUGAUCAAAGAAAACCAAGAAUUAAUUUCCAAUACCGUAGACUCAGCUGCAAAGGAUCUUAUCAAUCCAAUUUUGAGCCAAUUCACUCUUCAAGAAAUUUUGGACAUGAUCGGUGGAGCUGGAGGUGAGGGCGGACUCGAAUGCUAAUUUAAAUAACAAAUAAAAAAUUAUUAAAUUUUCAAUUAAUAAUUUAUGAUCAGCUACUAUGUAUCUAUUUUUAUUGACUGCAAUAA